CGUCUAUUGACUCUGCUAUCACUGGUCCUUUUACGGUAUUUUGGCUCAUAUUUGAGGGUCUAAAGUUUGUUUUGCCUUGUUCAGUCGUGUUUAGUGGCAAACAAACGGACCAUUGCCGGCCGCUCAGCUUGUUAACCAUGAAUGGACCGAAUCACCUUGCAAACAGAGCACGAAAUCGGAUGGGAUAUUUACAUCAGUUCUUUUCUACAGUCUGUGAGAGAAAACAAAAGCAUUCUUCAAACUCUGGGCUAAAGCAGCAAAGAAGAGGCUUUUCAUCGCUGCAGGGAUGCUUUGGAUUUCAGCCAGAAACCAAUCCAUUUCUCAAAUUAGUUGGCACAACUCAACAUGUGAACUGCGUUCAAAACUAAGGUGGGAAAUACCAGCGGCAGCCUACAUGAAAGCAGAAAUAACACUUGCUGGCGAAGUAAAUCUGUCAUUCACAGCACAGUCGGGCAGGGCGAGUUCCACUGCCUUCUUCUUCACGCGAAAAGUGGAUAGGGCUCUUGGCAAACUAAGAUAUACUAUACGAUGGAAUUCUAAUCGUACCUUCAUUUUAACGGAGCAGUCAGGAAAGGUGUUGUUAGAGAAUUCGUCAUCUGUUAAAAAUUCGCACGUGUUCUACGUGGCUAGUGCUUCCAAGAACUAUAUUACUUUUCAAUCCAAGACAGCAGGAAAAUUCCUGAUGGCAGAUGCACAAGGUGUCAUAGGACUAACAAGCAACUCUCACGUGGCAACUUACUUUAAGAUGAGAUGUUGAGUUGAGUUUCUCAUCACUCAAACCCUUUUCGAAAUGAGUUAUAUCAAUUGGUAUGAAGUAUGACAUGAAUUUAGACUGAAUUAUCUUAAUUUCAUCGAGUAGUAGCGCGCGAUUGGUUUGAACGCGUCGAGCGACAGAUCGAUAAACCUCAGCUGAAGUAGAUUAAAUGUACCUGUAUAUAUUCCCUAUGAGAUAUUUGAGAACUCACUUUUGCACUAGAUGCAAUAUUUUUGAAGACUUUUUUCUGGCAGUCACGGAAAAAGAAGGAAAAAUUCUGCUUGUGACAGAAAGUCGCUCUGAAGAGUCCACCUACGUAAGCUGAGUGUUUGCGUUUUGUUCCGCGCCCUAUAAAGAAUACUUGAAGGAUGAUAAACAUGGCCCUCCUCUGGAGCUCUGUUGAAAAAAUUUUACACGUGGAGUUCAUUGGCAUUUUUAUUCAAACGCUUAAUUAGCAAGCGUAAUUGAUAAGAUUAAAUGAAUGUAAUUAAAUGUAAUUGAAAUGAAUCUAGAUAGAUUAUGGAAAACCAUGGAUUAAUUUGAACGAUUCUUAAGUUAAAAGAUGAAUUAGUAGCUGUAAUAUAUAUUUGCUAUUUAUAGCUUGAUAUUUUUGAUAUGAGAUGCUUAUUUUGCUAAUGUAAUUGCCCCUCCGCUAAAUCACUAUAAGAACUCUUUUUCCUCUAUGGGCGCAAAAAUUUGGAACUGUAUUCCUGAUGUUUUGAGACAGCUCCCAAAAUAUAGUUUCAAGAAAAAAUAUAACCAAAUCCUUACUUCAAAUCCUUUUAAACCAGGAUUCUUAUCCUGAUAUUGACAUAUUAAUAGACGAAAUAACAAAAACUAGAUUUCGUUAAAAUAAAGAGCAUUUUAUAUUUUGAGCUUUUCCUGUUUUUAAUUAUGCGCUCGUGGCUUCGUAAUUAGAAUAUCUAUAUUUUUGUAUUCACUUUUGUAAUUGACAUCUGUACCUUUGUAAUUGUUAUUUAUUUUUUGUCAUUA